UCCAGCAGCAGAGCCUCCUCCUCCCGACACGCGCGCAGUCUCUGCUGUCCAACCGGCCAGGGGUGUCAUCACUUCAUCGGCUCAUAAUGUCUAAGAAGAUAGUGAUCAAAGCUGACCUCGUUGGCUCAAAAUCCAAGAGUGAGAUCCUGGCAGCUGUUUCCAAGCUCCAAGGCAUCAAGUCACUGGACAUCGACGCCGAGAAGUGCACGCUGACGGUGGUGGGAACCGUCGACCCGGUGUGCGUCGUGAUGAGGCUCAAGAAGAAGUGCUUCGCGGCGUCCAUCGUCAGCGUGGAGGACGACAAGCCCAAGAAGAAGGAGCCCUGCAAGGAGGCAUGCGAGAAGCUCUGCAAGGAGAAGUGCGAGAAGAUCACCUGCUGCAAGGAGUGCAAGGACAAGUGCGAGAAGGAGUGCAUGUACAAGUGCGAGAAGGCCUGCGAGGCGUGGCUCGGGAAGGGCUGCUGCUCCUGCGGCCGCUGCAAGCCGAGCCCCGCCGCCGGCUUCUACUACGAUCACCGCGCAGUGGCCCCCAGCUACCCCUACUACCACGGGUACCCCAGCAGCUACCCCUACUACGCCUGCUAUGAAGAGAGGUCACCUGAUGGAGCAUGCACCAUCCAGUAGCUCUGCUCUGGUCUCCAGGAGUUGUGUCUUGUUUGCUAUGGCACGUUUAUGGAUCUCGCUCUGUAUUUUUAUUUUUGUUCAUUGCUUUUUUUCCCGCUGCACUAGUGUACUAUACGCAUGUUUGUAUUUUUGGCUUGGUUGUCUACCUUCCUCUGUAAAGAUAAUGGAUCAUUACAAGAUCUGGCUCA